AUGGUCCGCCGCGGCCCAGGAGGCGCCUGGACUGAAGACACCAGGUCCACGAUCUACUUUCCUGAGGAUGUAAUGGACACAUACGUCGGCCAGUGGCAUCAGACCAACCGUCGCCCAGCCGUUCUCGGUAACAAGGGCGAGCGUAGCCGCUGGAUCAUGGUUGGCCUGCUGCUCUGUUGCUUCAUCGUCUGGAUCGUCAGCUGCUGUCCCCAGAUGCACUCUUCGUGCAUGCUGCACAUCCGCAGCGAGCCUUACGUUUCCGGUCCCGAGGGAGUCGACCUUUGCUUCGGGCUCCACGGCUACUACGACCGUUCAACCAACACCACCAUCUCCCAGCACGGGUACAACAUCAUGGAGGUCGUGCGCAACGCGACUGACUACCCUGACCUGAACAUGAAGCUCGGCCCUGUCACGCGCGGUUUCGGCAUGACCUACUUCUGGACCGGUGAGUGCACCUCCUCAUCAGCGCUGACCCCAGUGAUUCUGUUCUUCUACAUUGGCGCGCUUGCCGCUGACGUCUUCCCGUCCCUGCCCGACCAGCAGCCCCUGUCCGGGAUUGGCACCACGGUCCACUUCGUCCUCAUGUUCGUCAACAUCAUCCCGGUGGCGAUCAACCUCUCCGUCUUUGUUGGUGUGCGCAACACGCUCAUCCAGCAGGGCAAGGAGCACGCGGGCGCCUUCAAGGUCUCUCCUGUCGGCGCACUGGCCUGGCUUCAGCUCCUGUCCCUGUUCGUGUUCUGGGGCGCCCUCGCGGCAGCCCUCCUCAUGGACUUCCGCGAGGACAUCUUCGAGCAGAGGUCUCACGAGCUCCGUCCCCCGCCCGCCAACCGCCGCUUUGGACCUACGGCCGACGCUCACGCUUUCCCCUACUACUUCCACACUCAAGCGGGUAUGGAUGUGACCACCCCCGUUACGCCUCCUUCGUCAAUCUACGUACCUGGAGGCAUGGAAGUUCAUCCUCGCCAGGCCUUCGGAGAGGACUGGCAUCGUCACCAGUCCUAA